AAGACAAGUCGCAAUUUUCCGUAUCGUAGUCGCAUUCUCAGGAAUCCGUCGAACGAUUCGCUCAGUUCGUCGAUUAAAUAGACAACGAUCGGUAGUAUCCAAGGACUUGUUGGAAUCUCAUCGUAAUAUUAUGAGUUCAGUUUUGUAGUGUUACCAAGCAUUCAAUAACUAUUCGCUGUUUGGUCUAGUUUUACUACACGUUGAGACGAUCGACUAUUGUUACAGUUUAGUGAGUGCUGGCGAUGGAACCGGCACGAAUAAUUUGAAUUAAUUAUCAUCAAUUACGGUGAGUGGUGACAAACCGUUGCAGAGUCAAGCAUGCCGUAUUCAUACUGUCAGCAGCAUAAAUGCGAGAAUACAUAAGUCGAUGAGUGAAUUCAUUGAAUGUAUGAAUGAAACGCUCGCGUCUACGUUUUGCAAAUUUUUAUGAAUGGACCACGAAAUAAACCACAGGCUCUGUUAUGCUGAAUGAAAUUGUUUAUAACGACUGCAGCAGAAGUACAAGUUCGAAUGGAAGCGCGCUGUUGUUGAAGUGUGGUGACUCAUUUAUACUAAACGGAAUCGAAUGAAGUUCCUUUGAUGAUUUUGUGUUAAUAUAUAAACAUAGUGAAAUAGAUGCACCCAGACAAUGAUGCAUUAAGUGUGAUCUAGUGUCGUUGGGUUCGCCGAAGAGGUGAUUGUGAUCACUCUAUCGAAAUCACAGAGGACUGGAUAGAAUGUUGAACAAUUAGUGCAUACGUGUAAUCGAUUAAAAUGGAUUGGAUAACGUUGGUGGUGGCAUGCAAGAUUUCUCUAAAGAAGAAUUUGGUCUUCUCGGAGCAAGUGUUGUAGGAAACGAUAAGGAUAUUACCUCAACGCCGUCAUUGAUUAUCUCUGGAAUUCAGACUCAUAACUACAACUCUCAUAUAAACAUCAACCAUCUUCAAGUGCUUCAACAUAAUCAAGUCACCGGGAAUGGCUCGGUGCCACUUGGCAGUGCGUCGGUGGUGGAUGACAUCAAACUAAAUCAGACAAACGAGCUUAUUGAAGCUAACGAGAGUGGUAAACUGGAGGAGGUGGAUCGAGAUUUGUACCCCUGGAGUACAAACAAUAUUGGAAGUCAGUUUCUGCGCAGCUCGGAUGAUCCACUCAUCUCUGGCGGAACCAACGACAAUCAGAACGAUAAUGAGCUUAGUGUUGUCACAGCUUCUCAGUCAAUGUGUUCAUCGCCUACACCCCCACCAACGCAGAAGCAUCCGAACCGUAUCGCUGUGCCAACAUCAGUCCUUUCGCCAGAGCUACCAGAUACUUCAAUUGCUUCGCUAUCUGCUGCCAGAAAAACUACGAACGGAUUAUCGAAUCGCCGUGGCACAUCGACAGGUGGAGCCGGACGCCAGCGACGCAAAGGGCCCCUCAAGCUACGGUUUCACCAUCAAGCUCUGCCACCAGAAUAUCUGGACCAUUAUGAGGCAACCCAAAUCGCUACAACUAAACGCAUUCAACAACAACAGCAGAAAAACCAUAGUGGAAACCGGUCGAGCAGAAUGGAAAGACACGCCCUUCAGGAACGUGAAGAUAAAACUAAUGAAACGGUGAGGAAUUGGUUGCAAAAAAUUCUAGAACUGCAAAAGGAAGGCGUCUCACUAGCUCCGGUUCGAGAUGAUAUCGAAACUAGUGCUGAGGCUAACUCGAAAAGUGGUACGAAUAAUCAGCAAACCCAACGGAACAAGGUGGUUAGUUAUACUGACCUUCCGUACAUGGGUGAAAUGACAUUGGAUAAUUCGAAACCGAGAAGGGGUAGGAAACCUAAAAAAGCAGAUAUUUGUCAUCUUAUUUACAAAAAUUAUGGCACCAUUCUUCCGGGAACUCCAAAAACUGAUUUUACCCCUGAUAAAUCUAAUAAUGGAAACAGAGCGCAAACUAGAAGCAGUAGUUUGCUGGAACGACGAUUGAUGUCCGCAGAAAAAAAUCUAACAAUGGACAAUGGUAAAGUGAAACGUGAAGAACCUCUCAAUCUUUGUGUUCGGGAUAGUGGAGCUGACCCACUCGCACUGUCUAGUUCUGAGGACGAAAGUGAUGAGGUGUUUGAUUCCUCCUGCCCUACUCCAAUUAUCACUCCAACAGACAUCAACACAGAUCAGGUUCUUGCGGCAAACAUGAAAAUGUCACUGACGAACCUUCACAGUACAGCAGUAGGAACGUCAUCCAGUGGUGAAACUCCUUCGACGGCCGAAACCCCCCCAGGAUAUAUGUACUGGCCAAACAUGGGCAAUUUUAUUCAUCCUAUGGCUUUGUACUAUCAGAAGCUGGUUGAUUCUAACAGCACAGUACCACCUGGUCAGUCAAGCUCAUCUACCUCCAACUCAGUCCCAACUACUCCCACCGAAUCGAUACUUCCCAAAACACCAAUAAAUUCAACAAAAAACUCAACCCCACCUCCCUCAUCACCAUCAACAACGAAACGAGAGCACCAUCAAACACUAGUCCCCAAACCAAUAUCGCAACUUAUUAAGCCGGAAAAUACGGCGAAAGUCGCUACGGACACACAUUCACCCACAAACAAGACAUCACCAACAACUCAGAAGCGAAAACGAUCGGCCAUAUUUAUUCCUCCCGUACCAGCGGAGAACAGUACAAAUCCGGCCACAGAAGUUAGCAUCUGUAAGUUUAAAUUCACCGGUGGUGCAAAGCCGUGCCUUCAAGAGAAAAAAAUGCUCAGCGUAGAUUCCGGAGGAAACUUCCGUUAUUACUCCGGGACCGGCGAUAAAUCGAUGCGUGGUUAUGAAUUUUUUCCUCGAGAAAGUCUGCAGCAGAGCAGUCUUCAUGCAACGACCACUACAGGAGCUUUUCUCAAUACACCACCGGUUGAGAAAAUCGCUUGCGAUUUACCACCACCAUCGCUCGGAUUGAGUAAUGAAAUUUUACAGAUCCCAGAUUUUCCUAGUGCCGCUAAUCUGAGCGGUAUGAUUUCACCAGGUGGUUCCUCCCAUCAGCAUCGGCGUCUACUCCGUUCAGAGUCAAGUGAAGCACGUCGAGCGCGACGUCGUUCACGCCGUACCACUCAACGUGAAACACUGGAGAAAACCUUCAAAGAAAAAGGUUUUCUCAUUCAAACUCAGCAGCUCCAGUCGGCCGAAGGUGCGACUUAUUGUAAGUUUAGACAAUUACGUAAAUUUACCCGCUAUCUCUUCCGAAGCUGGAAAGACUAUCUUCCUGGAGAACUACAACAGGGAACAGGAGCAGAGCAUCCUCAUGAUGGGCUGUCCGUGAAUGCCCUGUCCGAAGAUCUGUUACUCGACGACAACAGUCCGCUACUCGAUGGGCCCAGCUCAUCAAUGAUAUUAGACCAAUUGCGUCGGGAGAGGGCUGAUCGGUUAUCUUCCCUGUCACCAGUUUCGACGACACCGACUCCAAUGCAAUCACUGUCACGCAGAUCUCUGGAUGAGUCGUCUCCAUCACCACCGCCACCGCCGUCGACAGUGCCACCGCUGCUGUUGCAUUCCGACCAGUUCAUCAAACAGGGAAGACAAAGCUGACACACCUUUAGCUUAGAAAAUGUGCUUGCCAAAGAAUAGUCGUAAGUUUAUCAUAGCUAAAUACAUUUUGUUUUGGUCGCAAUUAGGGCGAUAGACGGACGAGAAUAUUAGGAACAAUAAUAUUAUUCGUGGAAAUUCUAGUCGUUUUUUGUAAUGAUCCCUUUUUCCAAUAUAUAUUUUAAUUAUUUCUGUGUUCUGUACAAUAAUAACUAAAUUUCAACGUUGCCAUAAGUCAA